AUGGACACCACGCAGGAGCGGGAGCGUGAGCGUCACACAACGAGCUCCAUCGCAGAGCAAGAACUGUUCUUUUCCCAAUCGCCAUCAGGCCAAGGCCAACCUCAGUCUGGGCAGCGGCAGCAGCAACAAUCUCAGCCUCGAUGGUAUGAUAAUGCCAACGACGACUCGCCCGUCGAACCAAGGGGCGGGGUCCCGGCUGUGAACAUCAUUCCGGCCACGCCUUCCACCCUUCGCUCCAACAGCGUGCGCUCAAAUCUCUCAUGGCGGGACAGGGACGCCGAGAACCGGCAGGCGGCGGCGGCGGCGGCCGGGGCGCUCCCGGAGGUUGAGGAGGAAGACAGCAUCUAUGAUCCACCGAGCACCAAAAGACCAUCAACGCCACCUACUGAGUACAAGGUGCCCACUCACCACACGGCAUCUACUUUUGACUCGCCGACUCAGACGAGGGUGGAUGAAGAUUACUAUGUGUCGCCGAUGACCGAGCCUGCUGUAUUGCACAGGGACACGGGAUUCACUCGUACAGACUCAUUUGACAGUAAGCCAGCUGAGGUAUCUUCUGAACGGUACUAUAAUGCGACAUACUACCCUCAAAAUGAGCAACCUUCUUCAUUUGAUAAAGGCAAAGCCGUUGAGACGCAUCCGGAACCCGCGGUGCCGUAUUAUAGAACUGAGCACUCAAACGUCAAUGAGCGCCGUUCAUCAUUCGAUAAGGGCAAAGCCGCAGAAGCGCACCCACAUUUUGAAGACCAGCCGCCUGUGCCGAACCCAAGACCAGUAUCAGAUAUUCCCGACUUUUACGCUCAAGAACGUGGCGCCUACGGAACUACAGAUCUGACAGUCCAAGAACAAGAGGACCGCGAUUAUGCAAUGGCCCUGGCACUCCAGGAAGAGGAAGAAGACCAGUCGCCAUCCCUUCCUCAACGGCACACCCAGCCGGCAUGGAAUAGCAACGGACCGCUCUCCUCCAAUCCCUUCUCGUCACCCGAGGACCAGGAUCGCGCCCUCGCGGAGCGUCUCCAAGAAGAGGAAGAGUCCGGGCCGCCGCCCCCCUUACCGGCCCGACCUCACCCCAAAGCCGUGGCGGAGCUCCUCGCCCAGAGCCAGGAACCUGCCCCAUUCUCAAGAACGCCCUCUGUAGAAGGCAUCAUGCCGCCUCCCAAACGCCAAGGCUCGGACUUUGGCAACGACGACCCCUCCAACCCCAUCCACUACAGCCGAGACCCUCACAAGCUCAUCACCUAUCUCGUCCCCUUCCCCAAGCCCUGGUUGGCCUCCAAAGCCCCCUCCGACACCGACGCCAUGCCCACCCGCUUCCUCAUCUACACGCCCCCUCCCCCGCCUCUCCAGGCGCCGCCCGAGGGUGUCAAGGAGGGCGUCAGCCACAAGGUACAGCGGAAGUGGCAGACCGAGGUCCGGCAGGCAAAGAUGAGCGAUGCAAAGACGACCAGCUGGGCGGGCUUCAAGGCCAAGUGUACGCGCGGUGUCGAUAAGGCGAUGCAGUAUACCACCACGAGCAACUUGGACUACCUGGCGCGCGUCACGCCUCCGCCGAAGCCGCCCUCGGCUCUCUCGCGCAAGCUGUCCCUGAAGGGAAGGGUGAAGAAGGAUAAAAAGGACAAGCAAGCUUCAGGCGAUGAGAAGGAGACCAAAAAGAGCCUCGACGAGAAGAAGCGCGAGAGCUCCGACAACAGGGGUGACGCGGAAAAGCUCCUCCGCGACGACGAGAAGAAGUCGUCCGAGGAUAAGGGCGCCGAUGAGAGAGCGAGGGACGAGAAGAAGCGGGCCGAGGAGAAGGGCGACAGGGAGGAAGAAGAAGAGGACGGCUUUCAAUCGCGGCAGGCGGAGAAGGACGAGCACGACGAGUCGAUGGAAGACGAUCCGGCUCACGCGUCACACGAGACCAAGAAGACGGUCGGCGUCGAGGAGAUUGUCUUUGUGUACUCGCCCUCGAUGAACAUGACGCCCGAGGCGAUGAGGGAGGAAUUCAUCAACUCCAUGCUGCGGACAAAGUCCAAGGCGCAGCGCGACGCCAUCAUCGCGACCGGUCUGCUACCCGUUUCGCUGGCUAUUGACACGGUCAUGAUUGCCGUCUCUGGACUCUUUGAGGUCAACGCCGUAUGGGCAUACUUCACCAUCAAGGGCUCCAAGACGGCGCGGUCCGUCACCAAACGCAUCGCCUCCUCCUCCAAGAGGCCCGAGUCCAUCGACCCCGAAAAGUCCGAGGCCGAACUGGCCAAGGAGGACAAACUCCAGCUCAGCUUCAAGCCUGCUAAUCGCAUCGACGUACUGUCGCGGUACCUGGAGGCCGAGUGUCACCGCGUCGACUCGAAGUUGUUUCCCCGAUACACCUCUUCGCCCACGGAAGCGGAAUGCCUAGAAGCGAUCGGCUGGUCCCCGGCCCUGACGCGCGGUCAGAAGAACUGGGAAGACGAGGCGUGGGAGGUGAACGACGUCAAGGAGGAUUUGAGGGUUGUGAUGCACAAGGCUGCGAAGGAGUGGCGGAAGUGGUGCAAUCGGUACGAGAAGAACCCGGAAAAGAGCUUGAGCAAGUGA